GCUCGAUUUUGUCAUCCUUACGAAACCUCAGGUUUUUGAAGGAUUCCGGCAUGCGCGCCCGACGUCGCGUGCGUGCGCAUUUCGCCCCAUCUGCUGCAAGGGGCUCUUGAACACUUACUUCUGAUUCCUGAUAAACGAGUUCGCGAACAUUGUAUGUUUGGCAGAAGAUGAGGCGACGCCAGCACCGACGCCGCCGGCGCCCACAACCAGCACCCAAAUCUCCACCAGUGCCACCCAGACAGCAACAAAAACCACCGAGACGGGCACGAGUUCCACGACUACCACGACGAUCACCAGGGCGACCACGAGGACCACCGAGACAGGCACGAGCUUUUCCACGUCAAACUCCACAGCCACCACCGAAAUGGUGCUAACCGCAAAGACUGUAUUAAUGAGUCCAGUACUGGCAGGAUCACAAGAGUUGGUGGUGGAGUCUGAGGAGGGCUUUUCUGUAGGGGACGCCAUCGUGAUUACUGGUGGCGGCAAUUCGGAGACACGUGACAUCGCGAGUUUUGGAUCCAUUGUGCUCGACGCGCCGUUGGACUACGGAUACCCAGCGGGUUCCAGGAUCACCAAUUCGGGCGAUAGUCAUUAGAGCAAUGCGCCAUCGACGGAGGAGCAACAAGACUCCGAGGCAUUGCUUGCAGUCUUCGCUGGUGUCGUGAUCGUCCUCCUGGCCUGCGUCGCGCUGGGCUUGGGUUGUUUGAUUGUGCACGGAUGUCCCGGCUGUGGCAGGAGCCCAGCGCGCGACGCGCAGAGUGAGAUCAGCGCGUCAAAGCACCAGGCGGACCAGGAGAUCAGCGUGCUGGAGCACCAGUCGGACCAGGUGGACGCGGAGAUUGAUGAGCACCAGGCGGACCAGAGCACCGAGUUGUUGGAGACCAUGGACUUCUGGUUCCUUCCAGUGGAGGCACUCAUGAAAAUGCCGCGCAACAUGCCCGUCUUCCGACACCAAGUGUUGAGGGACAUUGGUCUGUUGGUAAAGCGGACCAUGACCCAGGAGGACGUGUUUGCUGGGCGGUUUGUUGCUGACACAGCAGCAGUGUCCCACCGCUGGCCAGAGCCAGAACACGCCGAUCCGGACGGCAGCAAGUUGUGCGAGUUGCAAGAUAUAUUAGCCAGGAGCCCCUCGAUCAAGUUUGUAUGGAUUGAUUGGGUAUGUGCACCUCAAUGGCACGGCGGCGGGCGGACCAAGGAGGAGGAGGAGGAGUUCAGGCUGAUCUUGAAAAACAUUUUGCCUUUCAUCUUUCUUGGGUGCACUGUUAUUGUGCUGUACGAUCGUGUCUAUAAUCAACGGUUUUGGCCAAACGUGGAGUGUUGGAUCGCCACCAAGAUUGCAACGGAGGACGGGCUAGUGCCAGCUACCGAGGACAGGCUUCGAGUGAAAGUCCACGGCGUAGAAUCAGCAAAGAGUUUGAAUUGCACCCGUUGGGUGCUUGACAGUUGGCACCACGUUGAUGCGCAGAAGGCUAUCCGCAUCCUCUCUCAAAAAGACAUCUUGGUCACAAACGCCAGAGACAAGGAGAUCAACUUGAAAGUAGUCAGCUCUCUGGACCGCAUGAUUCACAGCCGUCACACUGCGCCAUCUAAGUAGUUGGUAUAUGUUGUGCAUGUGCGGUAGGUAUGCUCGUUCUCGUGAUUAUACAAAUUGUGUGUGAUUGCGCCUCUUGAUCAUGUUCACAGACAGGAGGAGGACGGGCUGGGGGAGGAGGUAGCGAAAUGGGAAUGGGGAAAACGACAUAUUGGGAGGGCUGUCAGACCGCAUCCGUAGACGGCUGAGCUGUAGCCUCGUUGUCUGGAUAUGUUUCAAUCGUUUGCUUGACGCCUACAGAAGUUGUGCAUUUAACGUUGCCGCCCCUACAGCGCUCCGCGACAGUCUGCGAUCGGACGAAUGACGCUAGAGUUGGGUUGCGGGCCAGAAUCAGCAAAGAUGGUUCGCCAGUUGCUUGCGAGGUCCGCUCAUACAUGAGACUCUGUCGCGCACGCUUUUUCCAGUUGUUACCCUGCUGGUGGACAGUGCAACUGGUUCACGGCUUGAAUAGCCAGCCAGACAGGAUUCUUGCCUUGUCAAUUCAUUAUUUCUUCUCCUUGUAUAUGCUUGAUUCCUACCACAUGAUUCCUUUUUUCUUCCCCCAGAUUUGGAAUCGCCAUCCCCAUCGGCGCACGAGCGAGGCGCGGGUUGAACAGCAAAUGCGGCAUCCAGGCACGGUGACGGGAUGUGUAUAGCGUUUUCCCUAUUGCACAAUGUUCUGCAGUACCUUCCCCAUUGAUUUGCAAAGGCGGAGGUUCUAUUCGUGCUCUGCUUUAUCACGCCGCUCUCGUUCGGCCGGAUUCUGCAGAGCGUUCGGGCCCGAAGCCGAUUCUCUAGAGUAGUCGUUAUCGGUAUGGGCUGUUCCGCAGCGGCGCGGGCUCAAUGAACCGACAGUCGUCAUUGCUGCAGGCACGACGCAUGCCUCUCAUUGCACACUCAGUAGUCGAUUAUCGGAGGUUGAUAGACUUCCUACCCUGAUACGUCGAUUAGUGAAUUGGCCGUUUUCGGUUCGCGAGAGGGCGUCGCGGCCGUCAUUGUUGCGGGUCCAGGUCCGUCGGUUUCGGUCCUAGGCCGAUUUCACUAAAGGGUGGGGAAAUACACCUGGGAUGUCGGAGACCACACUGGUCGCAGCUCGAAUGCCAUCGCAACACCGCGGCUGGUCCGUAUUGUUUCACCUGGGACUUCGGAGCACGCGAUCUGGCCGCCUGCACAGCCUGCU